CUAGACAUGGUCCCUCAAACGUGAGACGGUUGAAGAAGGAAGAGGCCGACGCAGUAGAAUCUGAUCUGAGCUGGGAGGACGACAAAUAACAUUACUUACUCUAUAUAGUUUCCUCACCCGUGGGUGACAGGUUUCCUGAAUCUAUCUGAUUCCCAAUCUUUUCUCGUCGUUUGAUCUAGGGUUUGUGCAGCUCUAAAUCCCAAACUGAAGCAGAGUCAAUGGACGGCCCGUUGUCUGCGUCUGACCAGCAGAGCUUAGUCACUUCCUUCCUCGAGAUCACAGCCGGCCAGUCUGCCGAUACCGCCCGCCAGUUUCUUCAGGCAACAAGUUGGAAGCUUGAUGAAGCAAUUCAGCUUUUUUAUGUUGGCAAUGAUGGAGAAGCAGCUGCACCAUCAUUGACUUCCCCAUCGGCAAGCACUAUACCUUUGCCUGAUCCUAAUUGGAGCGGAGCUAGAAAAGAAUCAGGGGAUGAAAGUGGAAGGCAAGUUGAUGGUGAUGAUGUAAGGCCACCUUUGCCUGUAAUAAAAGAAGUUCUUUAUGAUACUGCUGCGCUUCGUGGACUACCGGUGGUGGGUGGUUCUGCACGUGAAAUUCGUCAAGUGGUCCCCUUCCGCAAUUUUCAGGAGGAAAUGAAACAUCAAGGAGUAUGGGAAGCAGACAAAGGAUCUACUUCCGCAGCAGAUAACACUAGAGCAGAUAAUCUUGCCUCUUUAUAUCGCCCCCCUUUUGCUUUGAUGUACCAUGGAUCUUUUGAAAAGGCAAAAGAUGCUGCUAGAGUUCAGAACAAAUGGCUUCUUGUGAACCUUCAGUCUACCACAGAGUUCAGCUCACACAUGCUUAAUCGUGAUACAUGGGCCAAUGAAGCUGUUGCUCAAACAAUAAAAUCUAACUUGAUCUUUUGGCAGGUUUAUGAUGAUACAGAAGAAGGCAGGAAGGUUUGUACCUAUUAUAGAUUAGAUUCAAUUCCCGUUGUCCUGGUGGUUGACCCUAUAACAGGCCAAAAGAUGCGAUCAUGGCGUGGGAUGAUCCAACCUGAUACUUUGCUUGAGGAUCUGCUACCAUUCAUGGAUGAUAGCCCAUCAGAUCAUGUCAGUCAAUCUCAUAAGCGACCCAGAGAAAGCCCUCAAGCACCUCCUCUGCAAGUUCAAGAUCAAGCUAUAGAGGAAGAUGAUGAAUUGAAACUAGCAUUGGCUGCUUCCAUGGAGGGGAUGAAAGAUGCGAAUAUAUAUGCUGCAAAAGAAUCCAGUGAACCCAAUAUUGAAGGAAAAAAUAUAGCAAACAUAAUGAAGAAGCCUGUUUAUCCGCCACUUCCUGAAGAACCUAAGGGUGAUCGAAAUCUCCUUUGCCGAGUUAGUAUUCGCCUCCCCGAUGGGCGGAGAUUACAACGGAACUUCUUACGCAGUGAUCCGAUUCAGUUGCUAUGGUCCUUCUCAUCUUCUCAGCUGGAGGGAACUGAGUCGAAGCCCUUUCGGUUGACACAAGCAAUUCCUGGGGCUACGCAGUGUUUGGACUAUGAGAGUAAUGUAACCUUUGAGACUUCAGGUCUUGCCAAUUCCAUGAUUUCAGUGACAUGGGAUUGAAGACCAGAACUGUGUUUUUAUAAGUAGCAUGUAAUCCUUUCUAAGAGAAAGAAAUUGAAGAAUUUUUGUUUCAACUGCUUCCUUAGAUCCCAAUACAUUCUGGUCAGUCCAGAGGCGGCCUUAACAUUUUGGAGGCCCCAGGCGAAAAACGUUGAACAUUCAAAAAUUAUUUUAAUACAAGACAUUGUCCUAAAAACAAGGUAAAUGAGUACAAACACAAAAUGUGAUAAUUAAAGCCAUAUUUAAAAUGUAACUACAAAGGUUUUUUUUGUUACUUUUAGUUCUCCGACUGUUAUGUCAUUGAUACUUUUGGUACUCGACUUUGAUUUUUUCCACUUUUAGUCCUUAACUAUUAUGCUAGAGACACAUUUGGUACUUUUCUUUGAAAAUUUCCAUAUUUAGUCCCUCGGCUUUCAUAAAAGUGACACUUUUGGUUCUUCAACUAUUAUAAUAACUUGACGAAGUACUUGUGCGAUGCAUGGGAUAUAUCUAGAAGAGAAAAAAUGACUUGUUUAAAUCUUUUAAAUAAAUAAGUAGUCUAAAAAGGAGAGAUAAUAGCACACUUAGAAGAUAAGUCUAAAAACAUGCAUGACAUUCCCAAAUAAUAUGACAGCAGUGUCAUUAAUAUACCGAAACAGUUCUAAACUUAAUAAAAUAGUGCGAAGUACUACGUAGUAUAUAAAUAAUUUAUAAAUACUCCAUGUCAAAUAGUUCAAUAAAAAUGGUUUGACACGUUCUUGUAGGAAAAGUUAAAUAAUAAACACACCAAUAAUGACAAUAUUAUGACAUUAUACUCCCUUAGGUUCUAUAAAAUUUGGUCAAAUUUAAUAUUCUUGAUCAAUGAUAAUAAAUUUUAGACAAUGAUUGCAGUUGCGCUGUAUUGUAUUUGUGUCAAACUCAUAAAGUUUAUACUUUUAUGAAAGUAUUUUUAAAAAUAGAAUAUUUUCAUAUAAUUUCCAAAUUUCAAAUAAUUUCGUAUAAAAAAGAUAUUGUUGGUCAAAUUUGACCAACAUUGAUCAAGGGAUCAAGGGGAGUGAAUAUGGCUAAGUUUAAUUUGUGGGACAGAAAAAUAUGUAUUGGAUUGAAAAUUCGAAUCACUAAAGCAAUGUGAAGAUUAUUAAGUUCAUAAGAUUUUGAAGAUAGUAAAAAAAUUAUUAAAUCAUGAGGAUAUACUUAAGAAAAUAAAUUCAAAGUAUUUUAUUAUGAUCAGGUAUAAUUAAAUAAAAAAUAAUGUGGACUGAAUAAUAUGAAAUUGCUCUA